CUAACAGGAGCCAGGCCGCCACUAUGUCUAAGGAACUGUCAGUGACCCAGGCAGCUCAGUACGUGGGGCCAUAUAGACUAGAGAAGACUCUCGGGAAAGGCCAGACAGGUCUGGUGAAGCUCGGGAUUCACUGCAUCACUGGUCAAAAAGUAGCCAUCAAAAUAGUCAACAGAGAAAAACUCUCAGAAUCUGUGUUGAUGAAGGUGGAGAGAGAAAUCGCUAUUUUAAAACUGAUUGAACAUCCACAUGUGUUGAAACUCCAUGAUGUUUAUGAGAAUAACAAAUACCUAUAUUUGGUACUGGAGCAUGUUUCAGGAGGAGAGCUUUUUGACUAUUUGGUGAAGAAAGGCAGACUGACGCCUAAAGAGGCACGAAAGUUCUUCAGACAAAUCAUAUCUGCUUUGGACUUCUGUCAUAGUCACUCUAUAUGUCAUAGAGACCUGAAGCCAGAAAACCUCCUGCUGGAUGAGAGGAACAAUAUCAGGAUUGCAGACUUUGGCAUGGCCUCACUACAGGUGGGAGACAGUAUGCUAGAGACAAGCUGUGGAUCUCCUCAUUAUGCAUGUCCAGAGGUUAUCAGGGGUGAGAAAUAUGAUGGUCGACGGGCUGAUGUAUGGAGCUGUGGAGUCAUUCUCUUCGCUCUGCUAGUGGGCGCGCUGCCCUUCGACCACGAUAACCUGCGGCAGCUGCUGGAGAAGGUGAAGAGUGGAGUGUUCCACAUGCCACAUUUCAUCCCACCUGAGUGCCAGGCUCUGCUGCGGGGCAUGAUCGAGGUCAACCCUGAAAAAAGAGUCACGCUAGAGGCCAUCCAGAAACAUGCUUGGUAUCAAGCUGGACGCAAUGAGCCAUGUCUGGAGCUGCCGCCCCCAAGGCGCGUGAGCAUGGGACGGAUCAUGUCUCUGACAGAGCUGGACCCAGAUGUGCUGGACAGCAUGUAUUCUCUGGGCUGUUUCAGGGACCGGGUUAAACUGGCCCAAGACCUGCAGUGUGAAGAAGAUAACCAAGAGAAGAUGAUCUACUAUCUCCUGUUAGACCGUAAAGAGCGCUAUCCUAGCCAUGAGGAUGAGGAUCUUCCUCCCAGAAAUGACAUUGACCCUCCAAGGAAGCGUGUAGACUCACCUAUGUUGACCCGUCACGGCCGCUGCCGGCCAGAGAGAAAGAGUCUGGAGGUGCUGAGUGUGACGGAGCAGGGCUCUCCCACACCCCCGCGCAGAGCGCUGGACACCUCUCACAGCCAAAGAUCUCGAUCUGUAAGUGGAGCAUCAACGGGCCUCUCGUCUAGUCCUCUAAGUAGUCCCAGGAGCCCUGUCUUUACCUUCAGCAAGCCGGAGGUAGUUGCCGCCACCAAAGCAGGAAGCGGCAGCACCUCUGCUCGUCCCAACCGAUCGCAUGAACCCAAAACGCAGACGCUUCCAUCUAAAAACACACCCGAACGCCCCCAACUCCAGUCCAUGAAGUCCCUCCCCCUGCCCUCCUCGUCCCGCUCUCCCUCUCCUUCUCCCCUCUUGUCGCCCUUUCCCCGUUUCCUCUUCUUUCCUUCUCCAUCUGCGGUGCUGAAGUCGGUGACUAAAAGCCUGUAUCCCAUGUCUCAGGUCACCCCUCAGGGCUCUCCCCUGCCCACCCCGCUGGGUACCCCUGUGCAUCACCCCCCCCCCCCACUCCCACCCUCCUCCUCCUCUUCUGCUUCUUCCUCCCGAGCCGAGGGAGGAAGUGUGGGCGUGGGCUCACUCUCCUUGACCCCACCCUCUAGUCCAGGGGGAGGCGCCAGCAUGGCGGCCAGUAGCUCCGCCCACUGGAGGACACGCCUCAACUCGUUGAAGAACAACCUGUUGGGGUCGCCGAGGUUCCACCGCCGCAAGCUGCAGGUGCCAACCUCAGAAGACAUGUCCAGUUUAACACCAGAAUCAAGCCCAGAGCUGGCUAAAAAAUCCUGGUUUGGGAAUUUCAUCAGUCUGGAGAAAGAAGAGCAGAUUUUUUUGGUCAUCAGAGACAAACCUCUUAGUUCCAUUAAAGCCGAUAUCGUCCAUGCCUUCCUCUCUAUUCCCUCCCUCAGUCACAGCGUAAUCUCUCAGACGAGUUUCCGAGCAGAGUAUAAGUCUUCUGGAGGUGCGUCUGUCUUCCAGAAACCCGUCAGAUUCCAGGUAGACAUUUCCUUUUCUGAGGGGGAAAGAGAGCGAGAGCGAGAGCGAGAGCGAGAGAGAGACAGGGAUGGACAGAAGGAUUACGGAAUCUACAGUGUAACUUUUAGCCUCAUAUCAGGUCCAAGUCGCAGAUUUAGACGAGUUGUUGAAACGAUUCAAUCCCAGUUGCUCGGUGCUCAUGACCAGCCCAUGGUGCAAACUCUUUCAGAUGAGAAGAACAGUCGCCCUCCUAGAACACCAACUAGACAGAACUCCCGGCGUUCAGAGGGCGGAGCCGACCGCUGCGAGUGGGUGGAGCGUGGAGAGGGCGGGGUUUUACUCCAGCGCAGGGGGUCGGGAAGAGAAAGAACCCGCCUACUUUCCUCCAGUGGAACACAAUCACAGCCCUGAGCUGGAUAUAUUGUGAAUAAUCAGCAAUCCAUCAAGAUAUGAGCCAUGGUAUGAGACUAAACUACUCAAACGUUCCUUCUCCCCUUGUCACCUCAGAACAGCAUGAUGGUAAAAUGUGUUUUUAAAGGAGCUAAUGAAAGUCUAAUGAAACCAAAUACUGAUACACAUUGUGAAAGAACAUGGGAUGCAACGAAGCAAGGACCGUCUCCAUUGUACGAUAAUACAACGAGGAACACCUCCAAACUUUCUUCUGAAUCUUAUUUAAUUAUUCAUCCCGGACAAUGCUUUGAUUUAUGCUGUAUUUUCUCUCAUGCGAUUUGGAUGUAACGUGCAAAAUCUGAGCUGAUAAUGACAUUCAUGAAACGAAAGGUUUCAGUUGGGGGUAGCGCACCAUCUGUUCCUUAAAGGCCUGGUCUCCGUUUCAGCCAUCGAGUAAUUAUAGCAACAGAGUCUGAAUUUUUAUCCUCCAAAAAUCAUGUUUAAAAAGAAAAUAUGUAGAGAUCCAGAUCCAGAAGCUAUUAGCACCAAGAGUCUGCUCAGAUGUAUGCAAUAAAAAUCAAUAAGCUACAAAAGAUUCAGUUUAACGAAGCUGCACACGCUGAAUCUUUUAAAACAUGAUUACCUCCUUGAGCGGACAGACUCAUGAUGAUUUUAUGACCGUAAAUAAAUUGCUCACCAGCCCUGCUUCAUUAGCUAUAGACAACUUCAUUUUCACUCUCCACAGAAAUGCUGCAUGCUAAAUAACGUCGAGCUUCAACCCCAAUGACUGAUCGUGAUUGUAAAACAUUGCUGCGUGCGUUUACACAUCUAAAUCUGGCCUCGAUUCGCCCUUUUGGCAAUUCAAAUGGACAAGAGCGUCUGACUAAUGGAGGAUUCCCAUGACUGUUCUCUCCAUCAAGAGUUCAAAUAUAAAGUUUCCCUUUUAGAUGCCAAAGGGAGCGAGAAUCUUUCCAAAACGUGAAAGGAUGUUUAUCCCGAUUCUCUGUUGCUGCAAGACGUUUGGUUGAAGCCAACCAAGUGAAUGUCGUUGACUAUUUUAUUUGUUAAUUUUAGUUUAUUGAAAAUAAUUUAUUUGAAUAUUACUCCUGGUGAUUAAAAAAAUGGCCAUUAGGUGUACAAAGAAUGGAAUGUCUGAGGUUUAAAACAAUACAUAUUUUGAGGGAAUUGCAACCUAAUCUAUGGCAAAGGUCGCUUUUCUUUUAAACAAGUAAACGUGCUUUUUACUCGUGUCUUUGAAUUUAAAUCGACGAAUAUAUAUAUAUAAAAAAUACUCUUUAAAAAUGAGUAAAUUCUGUGUCCCUAGCAUCACUGAACGGAAAUGCAAAAAUAAUUACAAGGUUUCCUGAACCCUCCCCCUCAUCUGCCAGUCAAACAGAUAGCCACGCCCCAAACUCACACCAUUGGUUGAGCCAAAGUUGCUUUUUAAUUCAAAUUUUCCCUUCAUACACUCUUGGUUCUUAUUUUUUAGCAUUUAUGUUUCCAUGAAGAACUUUUAACAUCCAUGGAAUCAUUCCACAAACGGUUCUUUAGAUUAUUAAAAUGUUUUUCACACAAAGGAAAAAAAAGGUUCUUUAAAGAACAGUUUUCUUUGGGGAACCAAAAAAAAAAAAAAAAAAAAAAAAAAAAUUAAAUCAACUAUGGCAUCACAGUAAAAAAAUCCCCUUUAUUUUUUAAGAAUAAAGCUGGGAUAAAAGAAAGUAUUUCAAAUCCCUCCAAAAACCACACUCUUCACCUUUAAGAAGAAAACAGUAUCGCAGAAAAGAACUCUCCCUUGCUUGUACGUCUGCACACAGUAUUACCGUAAUGACAGCGAAAGAAAGACUUCCUCUGGACAUUAUCUGAUGAGGAAAAUAUGCUGUACCUUGCGACCCAAAGAGGAAACUAGAAACUGAAUGGUAUUUGAAACAACAUAAGCCAUUGUCUAGGCCACGGACCUUGCUCGCACCAUCACAAAAUAUGUACAUUCACAACAAUUUGUCUUCAGUUAUGAUUAUAAUACAGUAUAAAAUAUGAAACUGGUCUCUUUGUACAGCACUGCUUCGUCAUUGGGCUUCCGUGCAGCGGUUAUGCAACCGAUCCAGCAUAAUAUAUCUGAAAGAGAGACACUCUCUCUGUAUAAAUGGCUUUUCUGCACAACAGUUGUCACGAAUCUUGUAAAUGUGAUCCAAUUUUGUGUGUCUCUGUGAAUUUUAAGUUGUCUGUGUGUCAGCUCACUCUCUUUUCCAUUUAUUUAUUGUAUGGAAAUCAGUUGAGACUAAAAGGCUCAUUAUAUCAUGUGACAGAUGUACCAUCAUAUCUUAUCAUAUCUAUAAUAUACAUACAGUCUAAGCAAGGUAUGCAGUUUGGGGGAAGCACAUCAUGAUCAUUAAAAACUGACCAGUCCAAAUCUAAGGAAAGCACUCUCCAUUUAUGCUGCAAAAACGAAUAGCAUUAUGUGUAUUAUAUUUUUGCAUCAGGUAAUGGUUCAAAUAUGGAUGUGAACAACUAUUUGGACAUGUCAUAACUUGUAUUGUCUUAGCUGGCUAUCAGUUGGUUAACAUCAGUAUAUGUAUUUUUAGAAAUAACAACAGAACAAAAUUACUUAGGAACAGCAUUGCCAAUGCAAUAUUGAUUUUAUUUUAUUUUUUCUGUUAAGUCUGGCCAGGUUUCAUUUAUUCUUCAAUUUAUGUAUGUAUGCGCUCAAUGUGUUCCCAACCCCUCAACAGAAUUUUAACUAUAUUAGUGUGAAUAUACUGUAUGUUGACAUCUCAUUUGCCGAGAGUGAAUGGAUCAUGAUCGUGCAUCUGGAAGUUUGUGCACAGUGUGUGUUCACAAUGCACAGAGAGUCACACGGUUAAAUGGGUGAGUGCUCUGCAUGUCAGAACACAUUGUUCUUUGUAUAUCUGCUUUGAAAGUCAACGUGUGUGUAUGGACGUGAAGUUGGAAUGCAUCAUGCUAUUGUGCACAUAUGUGUGUGUGUGUGUGUGUGUGUGUGUGUGUGUGUGUGUGUGUGUGGAAGUGAGGGAAUCAAAAUGGAUUCAGGAUGGUCUAUGUAUUAAGUUUGAUAGGCGUCAAUAAAAAUAACCAACAAGGUUUA